AUGGCCGAGGCCUUGAACAACAGCCACUCCUCGGGGAAGGGUUUAAUUAGACGGCUCUCUAACCGGGCGACGAAGUUUGCCAGCAGGACUCGGCGCCAGUCGGCAGCAGCUCCUCUGAGCCGGGAAGGAAGCGUAGGUCCAGGAAUCCUUCGACGCAGGAGUGAUAGCACCAACACGGCACCUGCGGCGGAGACCGUCCUGCUAACGGAUUCCGACGACGAGUUCCAUCCUGACGAGAUGAACGAGCUUAGCUCUAUUUACGGCGCGGAGAGUAUGGCCCGAGAUUUUUCUUCGGGCAGCGCUGCUCCGUCAUUGGCAUCUGCAUCAUUUGUGGAUGUCCCUACCGGGCCAGUUGUUCCAAUGGCAUUGGUAAAGGGGACUUAUCUACAUAAGAUAUCCAAGAAGAAGAAAUCGAAGCGCUUGCUCUUCAUCCUCGAGGCCGAUGCCGGCAAAGUCACUUGGGAGAAGGGUCGUUCAACCAAAUGCAUUUACAUCGACGAUAUCAAGGAAGUUAGGAUAGGUUCCGACAUCCGCCAGUAUCGUAUCGACUACGGAAUUCCCGAAUCGGAGGAAGGCCGCUUCUUCACUAUCUUCUAUGCUGUGCCUGACAAGUCAAGGAGCAAGACAAUGCACUUGGUUGCCGAGGAUGAAGAGACAUUCGCACACUGGGUUAAUGCCCUAGACACGAUAUCGAAGCAUCGAGAGGUACAUAUGGCUUCGCUGAUGGCGUUCAACGAUAGCGCUAUCCGUGGAUACUGGAACGGCGAGAUGACUAAACAGUUCGAGAACCGUCAGCACUCCCCUGGCGAAGAGAAGAUGGAUUUCCCCGGCGUCGAACGUGUUUGCCGGAAUCUUCACAUCCACAUGGCCCAAAAGGAGCUCCGUGCGAAGUUCAAUAUUGCUGACCAGACCAGAUCCGGCCGGCUAAAUUUCUCCGAAUUCCAGGUAUUCGUCCGUGAGAUGAAACGCAGAGAAGACAUUCGAAAGGUGUAUCUCAACUUCGCUUCGGAGCCGGAGAGGGGUAUUGCUUUUCCUGAAUUCGUGCGGUUCUUACGAGAUGAACAAGGCGAAGACGUCGAGAGCAACCUCUCCCUAUGGGAGAAUAAGUUUAUUCGUUAUGCUCGUCGGGGUGGGAAGCACGGAAUGGAUACGUCCUUUCAGCGCCUCGAUAAGGACUCGAUCACGAUGAACGAGCACGCGCUUGUAGCCUAUCUUACGUCGAAGGACAAUUGCCCGCUUGUACGUGCGUCGCCUACCGAGUACUCGCUCGACCGACCUUUCAACGAAUACUUCAUCUCUAGCUCGCAUAACACUUACCUUGUCGGCCGUCAAAUCGCAGACGUUGCCUCCAUCGAAGGCUACAUUUCGACUCUUGUCCGAGGUUGUCGUAGUGUCGAGAUUGACUGUUGGGAUGGGUCAGACGGUCAGCCGAUAGUUAAGCACGGAUAUGCCAUGACGAAUGCUAUCUCAUUCCGCGAGGUCAUCAACACUGUCAACAAGUACGCCUUUGUCGCCAGUCGUUUCCCACUUUGGGUUUCGCUUGAGGUCCAUUGCGGUGCUGCGCAACAAGAAGUCAUGGCAGAAAUCAUGAGGGACAUAUUCGGCUCUCGUCUAGUUACGGAGCCAUUGGACCCAUCCUCAACAACGCUUCCGACGCCUUCGGAACUCAAGGACCGGAUCCUCAUCAAGGUAAAGGGUACGCAUCAAACCCACGAGCCGCAGCGCACUGGCGGAGAACCUACAACGGGUCGUCGACGCGGGAAUAGCCUGACAUCUCCCUUCUCGAAGCCAGUCUCUUCCGAUAAUGCUCCUAUCCCGGCUCGGUACUUGUCAAGCCCACUACUAGGUCCCACACCCAGACCUCCUCGUCGUGGCGUAGUAGGCGAGCGCGUAGACACUAUUAAUGAAGGCCAGGUACACGAUACGGUCAGCAGCAGCACGAGCGAAUGCGAUAGCGAAGAAGAGAAGCGAGGGAAGCGACGGACAAGCAAAAUAGUCAAGAAAUUGGGCGAGCUCGGUGUCUAUUGUAGCGGUGUCAAGUUUCACGGUUUCGAAUCGGCUGAAUGCAAGAAGAGCAACCAUAUUUUGUCCUUUAUGGAAGGUACAUUUAGGAAGCACUCCAAAGCAUCGGAUUCGAAACUGGCCUUGUCCCGUCAUAAUAUGCGUUACAUGAUGCGCGUGUAUCCCCAAUACUCCCGUCUAUCUUCUGACAAUUUCAACCCUAUGAUGUACUGGCGGAGAGGCGUACAAAUGGCUGCGCUCAAUUGGCAGACUUUUGACCUCGGCAUGCAGCUAAAUCAAGCUAUGUUCGACGGAGGCACCGACCAGUCAGGGUAUGUGCUAAAGCCAGAGUCGAUGCGUGAGAUCCGAAUACUCCCCGACGGCUUGCCCAUAGAGGCUAUCGGCAAACUGGAACGUCAAAACAUGUCCUUCCACAUCAAUGUUAUCUCCGCGCAACAACUCAUACGCCCGUCGUCCUUGCCUUCUAACCGCACCCUGGAUCCGUACGUCGAGAUCGAAAUCUUCCACACUAACGAUAAACGAGACAAGCAUGACAGCAUGGCCGGUGUCUCCAUUCUUACGGAUACUCCUCUUAAGGCGGCCACGCCCGUCGUGAAAGAGAAUGGCUUCAACCCCGAGUUCAACCACAAUGCCAAAUUUGUCGUCACUACCAAGCACCCGGAGCUGGUCUUUGUCAGAUUCAGUGUCAAGCUUUCCAGCGACGGAGAAAACACCGGUCGAAAUACCACCAUCGCGACCUACAUGGCCAAGCUCAAUGGUCUGAAGCAGGGCUAUCGAACCUUGCCAUUACUGGAUUCCAAUGGUGACCAGUAUCUAUUCUCAACCUUGUUUUGUCACAUUAAAGUCGACCCGAUCACCAGUGUUUACGUACCAAAGGCCCGUGAAAAUAAUGGCGGCGAGGCCGUUGGCAAGUUGAAGAACAUCAGCCGGAAUGUAUUCAACAGAUCAUCCGCCAAUAGCACUAAGUCAAGCUUUGAAAAGAGCAGUGUCGAUGGUGGCUAUUCCGACUCAUCGCAACAUCCCUUUAUAUAA